AUGGGUUGUUCAUUAGCAUCCAAGAAUAAAAUUGACAAACUUCAAUCUGUGUAGUUAGCUUCUCAACUAACUUCAAAACAAAUUGAGGAAGAUGAGGUCGAAAGAGAAAUUCUUAAUCAGUUUUGCUUAGAAAAAUACAAAAUAUAAAAGAAUCCUAUAGUUAAAAGAAGAGCUCACACUGCAACACCAAGUUUAAUCAAUGAUUAGAAUAAAGUAGAAGCUUAAAAUUCAUAUGUGUAAAGAUAAUUCUCUUGA